AUGUCGCAGACUGCCAUUGAGACGCGUUCCGAGACGCAGCAACACAAGCAUCUUGGGCCAGAAGCUUACGAGCUUGGUCGUGUGAGUUCCAGUCAUGGCCGAUCACUCGGAGAUAUUCCACAGAAGCGGAAUGGCCCUGAGGAACGUCAAUCGGCAGAUGUUCCAGAGGAUAAUCCUCCGCCGCACGCCUACGGGACUGUCGAGCGGUGGAACUCACCCAAGGGCAACAUUGGCAGGUUGGGGUUCGCCUUCUUCUCCUUCAUUAUUGCUGGCAUGAAUGAUGCGGCAGUUGGUCUCGAAACCUACUACGACCUAAGCUACACCAUUGUCUCACUCAUCUUCCUGACGCCUUUCGCCGGCUACUCAGUUGCAGCUUUUACCAAUGCUAGAAUCCACCAGAAGUUCGGCCAACGAGGAGUCGCUAUCAUGGCUCCGCUGUGUCACAUCGUCACUUACGUUGUUCUCGCCCUGCACCCUCCCUAUCCAGUGCUCGUGGUGGCCAACAUAGUCAGCGGCUUUGGUAACGGAUUGACUGAUGCUUGCUUCUGUGCGUGGAUCGGCGCCAUGGAUAAGGCCAACACGAUCCAAGGAUUCCUUCACUCCUUUUACUCUGUGGGCGCCCUCAUUUCCCCAUUGAUUGCCACGUCGAUGGUAGUCACUGCUCAGUUACCAUGGUACAACUAUUACUAUUUCAUGAUUGGCGCGUCUGUUCUUGAGUUCGUUGGCCUUGUCGUCACGUUCUGGCCAAAGACGGGUGCUGUGUACCGCGCAGAACACGCACACGAAAACGAGGGCCAAGGAGGCGCUGGCACUCGAGUCGCACUCAAGUCCAAAGUUACCUGGCUUUGCUCCAUUUUUUUCUUCGCCUACAUGGGUGUCGAAGUUGGUCUUGGUGGUUGGAUUGUCACCUUUAUGCUUCGUGUCCGCAAGGCGUCUGCCUAUGCCUCUGGUGUUUCUGCCACAGGCUUCUGGGCAGGACAGGCUCUUGGUCGGGCAUGUCUGGGCUUUGUAACCGAGAGAUUUGGGGAAAGGCUUUGCAUCAGUAUCUACCUGGUCAUCUGCAUCGCUCUCCAGCUUCUCUUUUGGCUGGUACCACAGUUCAUUGUCUCAGCUAUUGCUGUUGCGUUUCUCGGGUUCUUCUUAGGACCGAUGUUCCCCGGGGCUGUCAUGAUGACGGCCAAACUUCUUCCGAAACAUAUUCAUGUCAGUGCAAUCGGCUUCGCUAUGGCCAUUGGCGGCACCGGUGGAACGGUGUUCCCGUUCAUCAUUGGUGCCAUUGCGACCAGCAAGGGCGUUACGGUGCUCCAGCCCAUCGUCUUAUCCCUUAUUGCUGUGGUUGCCAUUGUAUGGCUUUGCUUUCCCCGGAUCCAAAAGGGUGAGUAA